GCGGCAGUGGCAGUUGAUAGCGGUCCUUCGCCGCGUAAUGGUUUGUCCACCGCAGCGGCAACGAACGUGUAUUAUCAUCGCCGUAACAAUAAUAAUAAUAUUAUUAUAAUAAUUAUAAUAAUAUAAUAAGAAAUACUAUCGUUUUUCACGCUGAAAGCACUCGCAGGCGCAUUAUUCGAACGGUACGACAAUAAUAAUAAUAAUAAUAAUAUUGUUAUACUAUAAUAUCGUCGUAAAACGAUCGCGACUAUCUACACGCGUCACCCCGUCGAUCCUCACCGGCCGGUAUCGGUGGUGGUCGCUUUCUAUUUAAUAUCAUAAUAAUUAUUAUUAUUGUUUUGAAAACAGGAUUCCGAUUCGGCCCCGCUGCGUGGCUUACGUAUUUUUUUUAUUAUUGUAAAAAUAAAUCGAUCGUACUAUACCUUUCAUUAUUAUUAUUACCUUUUUUUGUUAGUCGGCAUAUAACACUGUUUUAUUAUUAUUUAUUACAAUAUUUCGGAUGACACAUGUUCUAAACGUUACGAUGUUAGUUAAUAAAAAAUAAUAACAUAUUAUAUUAAUUACAGUUGUAAUACUAUCCAAACGACUAAAAUAAUCGUCCCACGACGUUCCACAGCGAUUGGCACCCGAAUGUGUCAUUAUGAGAUUUUUCGCGCGAUAAUUAUUAUUAAUAAUAAUUGCAUAUUGUGCGCUCGCCCCACGAAUAACGACGUCACUGCAUUUGAAUUGAUCUCGAAAAGAGCCGAACACGUUAGCUCGGUAUUCUAAUACAUAUUAUUAUUAUUAUUAUUAUUAUGGUAUAUGUAUUUGGAGGACAUUGAUUUUGACCAAGCAGGGGACUCGGCAACUCGGCGCCGGCACAAUUACCAUAAUAAUAAUUGAUUAAUUAAUUGACGACCACGGCCACGGCUUGUGAAACUAUUUACACCGGACGUCGAUGAAAUAAAUCUCAAUCAAAUUGUCUUGCAUCGAAAGUAUAUUAAAUAUACCUAGGUAUACUAUCACCCACGAGUAUGAAGGUAUCGCCACUGUUGCCACAGACGUCGGCAAAAAAACAAGAAGACGUUCCUCUUCACGACAACUCGGAAGCCACUAAUAACUGUUUGAAACGCCGUCGGCUUCAUUCGCAGACAAAUAUUAUAAUCAAUGGUCACUAUCGACAUAGCAAACACCAUUACCCUCGGCACGACGACAAAUCGUCAUCAAUGGAUUGUUUCGACACCAUUAGCAACAGCGUUAACGGCAACAGCUACAGCAGUUGUAACAGCAGCAAUAGUGGCGAAGACGCGAGCGAUUGUGACGAUUCACCGAUGAGACCUAGCAGUCACCCGAACCAACAAUACCCAGAAGGGGGGCCGUCCUCGCCGUCGCCUGCACAUCACAAUAAGAAGGAUGGUUAUCAACAGACCACUACAGUUGCCAAUAAUAACAAUUGUAGUAAUGGAGGAAAUUGUAUGACACCGGCAAUAAGACAUACUGUACAACAGCUAGCAACCAAUAGUGAUGAUAAAAUCACAGUAUCGUUGUCAACACACUCUGAAAAAAAUAAUGACAGUGAAACCUACAACAUAACAAAUGAACCGAUAUUGCCGUCAAGUUCUAUUAAAAACCCAAAUAAAAAUUCAACGAUCAAUGACAAAACUCCGUCUGUGGUAGACACUGAUUUUGAUGAUCCUAUGGUAACAGCCAAUGAUAUUAACAGUGAAACUAGUAAUGAUGAUUGUUUGUCUCAAUCGCCUUUGAACUUGACCCGUUCCCAAGGAUCGUCGGAAGAAGGCGGCAAUAAGAGUGAGGACGACGAAGGAGAAUAUGAUAACGAUAGCGAAGAAAAAAACGGUAUUGGUAAUUCCAUUAAUGAAGAUGAAAAUAUGGUCAAUGGUCAUAACAUACCAGCAACAGAAGUUCCAUUUCCUUGGAAUAUUGCCUCUGCCAAUAAUAAACAAAAGCAGCAACAACAGGAUGAUAAAAUCACAGCACCACCACCUCAACUUUUGUUAACUUCUGGUCAACUUACUACGGGAUGCUUACAAGCAGCUCAAUUGCUAAUACCAACAGCUCGAGGUAUUAUGACUCAGACAAUUUUGGCCAUUCCUAUUAAUGAUAUGGUUUCUUCGGCAAUCACAACUCCUACUUCAAAUCAGCAACAAUUACAGCAACAGUUAUUAUAUCACUCAACAAAUAGUGUUCGACAAAAAAAUAUUAACCGACAACAGCUCAAUCAAACUUGUCAACCACCAUUAUCCUUACCACUCAAUCGUUAUUUUCAACAGCAUCAAACUACAGCUGAUGAUACGACUUCUACCAGUGGUACUCCCGACAAUGUUAAUAGUGAUAGUAAUAAUUACGAUGGUAAUAUGAUUAAUAAUGACACAGUUACAGCAGAUCAGUAUAAUAAUAUUCAACGACGAAAAUGGCAGUCCCCAGACCUUAAUAGCAAAAAACACAACUUUUUAACACCUCAACAAAAGCUAUUACCGCGCGCCAAGAAUGAGGAAAGCAGUGAUUCGAUAAAUGUACAACGUUCAAAAGAAUCGUCUAUGGUUCAAAUACCAACGGGCACAAAUGGAGAAUGUCGUAUUUAUUCAACCAAUAAUGCUGCUUCAAUUGUUACUGCUGUGACACCAAUGUCACCUCCUGCACACAGACGUAAUGACGGUAGUAAUGGAGGAGGUGUAGAAGUAAUUCAACGCCAAACUGUAUGGCCAACAGCAAUUACAACAACCGAUCAACAUAAUGGUGGCGAUGAAACGGAAAAUGAAGAAGAUAAACAGCAGCCACAUCAGCCUUCUCACGUUAUAUCUCCUGCGCCUCCAACGUCUUCCGCCACCAUAAACGCUUUAAAGUCAUUAGCACCACCAUCUUCACAACUCAACUGCCACAUAAAACCAUCCAAGGAUGAGGACUCAACUUCAGCAGCUGCUGCGGCAGCGGCUGCAUAUAAUCAGCAAAACGCUAUUUGCACAGCACUCGCCACACACAUGCUAUGUGCUUCACAACUCGCUGCUGCGCAACAACCAAUAUUUGAAAAUAUGGAAAGUGGCAACUCCGCUAAAAAACCAAAUAAUGUGUACAAUAACAAUAAUAAUAACAUCAAAACAAAUAACAUGAUGGGUGUAGUGAACCCAGCCGUAUUGGAGAAAUGGAUGAUGGAGGAGAGGUAUUAUUACAAUAAUAAUAAUAACAACAACAAAAACAUUACUGGUGGUCACUCACAUCACCAGAGGUAUAAUGCAGCCGCUGCAGCGGCUGCUGCAGCAGCAGCUGUCGAAUUGUUGAGUGGAGGUGUAUCUGCAUCAUCAAGUGGUGGCGGUGGCGACAGCUUAGCGUCUUGCAAAAAACGAAAAAGACGCACUUCGUUUACACCACACGCCCUAGAAUUGUUAAACGGUCAUUUUGAACGCAAUACACACCCAUCAGGAUCUGAAAUCACUGGACUGGCACAUAGAUUGGGCUACGAACGUGAAGUGAUACGCAUUUGGUUUUGCAAUAAACGUCAGGCGUUGAAGAACACUGUUCGCACUAUAAAUGGCAACGGUCCGGCCCAUAUGACUGGCACGAAAUCUCAUAACAAUACAAGUGGUUACUAAUCACAGUAUUAUUUAUAAAAUUUAAGUUGUAUCGAAAUAUUGAAACAUACCCAGUUUUUCCGACAAUCACGAAGUAGCAUCUGGUCAUGUCCAUAUCUCGUUUGCCUUUUUUUUUUUACUCAUAAUCUAUAAGCAGAAUUAUUUUCAU